CUCAGCGGAACCAAGAUGGCGGCGUGUGGACGUGUACGGAGAAUGUUCCACUCGGCGGCGGCGUUGCAGCUAGUGCUGCUGCUCUCGGCUGUCGAGGCCCAGAAAUUCCCGGGUGCUGGCGGCCACAGCCAGGGUCAAGGGGCCAACUUUGUUCCCUUCGGCGGGCAAGCUGGAGGCGGUGGGCCGGUGGGUCAGCAGCUGCCCCAGGCAAUGCAGUUUCAGCAACAACAGCCGCAGCCGCAGCAGCAGCAGCAGCAGCAGCAGCAGCAACAGCAGCAACAACAGCUCCAACAGCAGCAACAGCCGCCCCAGCCUCCUCAACCGCCUUUCCCGGCGGGUGGGCCUCCGGCCCGGCGGAGCGGAGCCGGGCCCGGCGGGGCGGGUGGGGGUUGGAAGCUGGCGGAGGAAGAGUCCUGCAGGGAGGAUGUGACCCGGGUGUGCCCCAAGCACACCUGGAGCAACAACCUGGCGGUGCUCGAGUGCCUGCAGGACGUGAGGGAGCCUGAAAAUGAAAUAUCCUCAGACUGCAAUCAUUUGUUGUGGAAUUACAAACUGAACCUGACUACUGAUCCCAAAUUUGAAUCUGUGGCCAGAGAGGUUUGCAAAUCAACCAUAUCAGAGAUUAAGGAAUGUGCUGAUGAACCAGUUGGAAAAGGUUACAUGGUUUCCUGCUUGGUGGAUCACCGAGGCAACAUCACCGAGUAUCAGUGUCACCAGUACAUUACCAAGAUGACGGCCAUCAUUUUCAGUGACUAUCGUUUAAUAUGCGGCUUCAUGGAUGACUGCAAAAAUGACAUCAACACUCUGAAAUGUGGCAGCAUUCGGCUUGGCGAAAAGGGAGCACAUUCGCAAGGAGAGGUGGUAUCAUGCUUGGAGAAAGGCCUGGUGAAGGAGGCAGAGGAGAAGGAACCUAAGAUCCAGGUCUCGGAACUCUGCAAGAAAGCCAUUCUCCGGGUGGCUGAGCUGUCCUCAGACGACUUUCAUCUAGACCGGCAUUUAUACUUCGCUUGCCGAGACGAUCGUGAGCGGUUUUGUGAAAAUACGCAAGCUGGUGAAGGCAGAGUGUAUAAAUGCCUCUUUAACCAUAAAUUUGAAGAAUCCAUGAGUGAAAAGUGUCGAGAAGCGCUGACAACUCGCCAGAAGCUGAUUGCCCAGGAUUAUAAAGUCAGUUACUCAUUGGCCAAAUCCUGUAAGAGUGACCUGAAGAAGUACCGGUGCAACGUGGAAAACCUUCCGCGGUCCCGAGAAGCCCGGCUCUCCUACCUCCUCAUGUGCCUGGAGUCGGCAGUGCACAGAGGGCGACAAGUGAGCAGUGAGUGCCAAGGCGAGAUGUUGGAUUACCGACGCAUGCUGAUGGAAGACUUUUCUUUGAGCCCUGAGAUCAUCCUGAGCUGUCGGGGGGAGAUUGAACACCACUGUUCUGGACUGCAUCGGAAAGGGCGAACCCUGCACUGUCUGAUGAAAGUCGUUCGAGGGGAGAAGGGAAACCUUGGCAUGAACUGCCAGCAGGCGCUUCAAACACUGAUUCAGGAGACGGACCCAGGUGCAGAUUACCGCAUUGACCGUGCUUUGAAUGAAGCUUGUGAAUCUGUAAUACAGACAGCGUGCAAGCACAUACGAUCCGGAGACCCAAUGAUCCUGUCCUGCCUGAUGGAACAUCUUUACACAGAGAAGAUGGUGGAAGAUUGUGAGCAUCGUCUCCUGGAGCUGCAGUAUUUCAUCUCCCGGGACUGGAAGCUUGAUCCGGUGUUGUACCGCAAGUGCCAGGGAGAUGCGUCACGGCUGUGCCACACCCAUGGUUGGAACGAGACCAGCGAGCUCAUGCCCCCAGGUGCCGUGUUCUCCUGUCUGUAUAGACACGCCUACCGCACGGAGGAACAGGGACGGAGGCUCUCUCGGGAAUGCAGAGCUGAAGUCCAGAGGAUCCUGCACCAGCGAGCCAUGGAUGUGAAGCUGGACCCUGCCCUCCAGGACAAGUGCCUCAUAGAUCUGGGGAAGUGGUGUAGUGAGAAAACAGAGACCGGGCAGGAGCUCGAGUGCCUCCAAGACCAUCUGGAUGACCUGGCUGUGGAGUGCAGAGACAUAGUGGGCAACCUCACCGAGCUGGAGUCGGAGGAUAUUCAAAUAGAAGCUUUGCUGAUGAGAGCCUGUGAGCCCAUCAUUCAGAACUUUUGCCACGAUGUGGCAGACAACCAGAUAGACUCUGGGGACCUGAUGGAAUGUCUGAUACAGAACAAGCACCAGAAGGACAUGAAUGAGAAAUGUGCCAUCGGCGUCACCCACUUCCAGCUGGUGCAGAUGAAGGAUUUUCGGUUCUCUUACAAGUUUAAAAUGGCCUGCAAGGAGGACGUGUUGAAACUUUGUCCCAACAUAAAGAAGAAGGUAGACGUGGUGAUCUGCCUGAGCACCACCGUGCGCAACGACACUCUGCAGGAAGCCAAGGAGCACAGAGUAUCCCUGAAGUGCCGCAAGCAGCUCCGCGUGGAGGAGCUGGAGAUGAUUAUUGAAUGUCUGAAAGAAAACAAGAAGCAACUGAGUACCCGCUGUCAUCAGAAAGUAUUUAAGCUGCAGGAGACAGAGAUGAUGGACCCGGAACUCGACUAUACACUCAUGCGAGUCUGCAAGCAGAUGAUAAAGAGGUUCUGCCCAGAAGCAGAUUCUAAAACCAUGUUACAAUGCUUGAAGCAAAAUAAAAACAGUGAGCUGAUGGAUCCCAAAUGCAAACAGAUGAUAACCAAACGCCAGAUCACCCAGAACACAGAUUACCGCUUAAACCCUGUGCUGAGAAAAGCCUGUAAAGCUGACAUUCCAAAAUUCUGUCAUGGCAUCCUGAACAAGGCCAAAGACGAUUCAGAGCUGGAAGGCCAAGUCAUCUCUUGCCUCAAGCUGCGAUAUGCUGACCAGCGGCUAUCUUCAGACUGUGAGGACCAGAUCCGCAUCAUCAUCCAGGAGUCAGCACUAGAUUACCGCCUUGACCCUCAGCUCCAGCUGCACUGCUCAGACGAGAUCGCCAGUCUGUGUGCUGAAGAAGCAGCAGCCCAGGAACAGACAGGUCAAGUGGAGGAGUGUCUCAAGGUCAACCUGCUCAAGAUCAAAACUGAAAUGUGUAAGAAGGAAGUGUUAAACAUGCUGAAGGAAAGCAAGGCAGACAUCUUUGUGGACCCUGUUCUUCACACAGCAUGUGCCCUGGACAUUAAGCACCACUGUGCAGCCAUCACCCCCGGCCGCGGGCGCCAAAUGUCCUGCCUCAUGGAGGCCCUGGAGGAUAAGCGGGUGCGGUUACAGCCCGAGUGCAAAAAGCGCCUCAAUGAUCGGAUUGAAAUGUGGAGUUACGCGGCCAAGGUGGCCCCAGCAGAUGGCUUCUCUGACCUUGCCAUGCAAGUGAUGACAUCACCAUCAAAGAACUACAUCCUGUCUGUGAUCAGUGGGAGCAUCUGCAUAUUGUUCCUGAUUGGCCUCAUGUGUGGACGGAUCACCAAGCGAGUGACACGAGAGCUCAAAGACAGGUAGAGCCGCCUUGACCACCAAAGGGACUCCCUGCCCAGUGCCCGGUUUGUACAGCCUUCCUGCAUAAUGUACCCUUUCACCUCACCCUUCUGCGAGGUGGCACCGACACCCACGGUAGAGCAGCAGCAGGUGCCCACUGAUUGUCCCGUCCAGACUUGGCCACGCCCACAAUGUCCUCCUCCUCCUCUGCCGCCGCUGUCUGUGCAGUGUCCGCAGCUGGCCACUUUGGUGGUUGCCUUGGCGAACUUGGAUUUACUUGCCUGUUGACAGGUCUCUCUCCUGCAGCAAAACUACCAACCGAUUCUUCAGAACCAACUCACCUGACCUGCAACUCAAAUGCUUUUUUAAAAAAAACUACCAAAAAAGGAAAGAAAUUUUUAAAGAAAGAAAAAAAAAAUGUAUAUAGUAACACGCCUCCAGGCUUGACUUGGGCCACAGGGUUAUUUCUUCUGUGUAGCUUCGUCAGAUGAAAGCAGGACUUGGAGAGGACGCACAUGCCCAGUACUCAGUCAUAGACGUGUGGCUUAUCUCCCAGUAGCACCUUCCGGCCAUGCCGGCUGGGGGCUUCACUGGCUAGUGGCUGGAAGCCACGGGCCAGCCUGAUGUGGGUCCUGUUUGCUUGCAGCUGUCGCCAAAAGGAGCCACCACUGGUCACAGACCCACGGCCACCAGUAUCUCUGAUCCUAGCACAGUGCAGUUAAGUCUCGAGCUGAGGGCAGGUGGACAGGGUGGCUCAGAAGUCGGAAGCGGGGCUGCACGUGCGUCUGUAGUGAGAGCCGGAUUCUGAGUGUGGGGGCUGGGAGAGCCGCCCCUUCCUCCCCAGACUGCUGUUGGACUGCAUGGGUGAGGUCAGCUCUGCUGAAGGUGCCCUUACUUUGGAAAGUCUCUGCCACGAGAGCAGUGACUGAGUGGCAGGGUCCUGGGAAACAGGGUGGAGAAGGCAGGGCCAAGAGGAGAGCAGGGCUCUCACCCACAUGGCUUUAUUCUCCGGUUGCUGUACAGAUCAGAAACAGUGGCUUGUAGAGAUCUAAUGUGAUCUCAGGGGGACUGGUGUCCCACCCAGCCUUCCCGCAUGCUCCAGGCAGAUUCCAGACAGGUUCCUUCGUGCCCCACAUGGAAGGUAUGGUGAAUGAUCACAUUAAAAGAUGGAGGAUUUUCUCUGUUCUUUUA